AUGGCUCGAAGACCAGAACAUCAAGCACCACCCGAAAUUUUUUACAAUGAAGAUGAAGCAAGAAAGUAUACACAAAACACCAGGAUAAUAGACAUUCAGGGGCAGAUGACUGAAAGAUGCAUUGAAUUAUUGAUACUUCCUGAAGACACCCCGUGUUUGUUGUUGGAUAUUGGAUGUGGAUCAGGCUUAUCCGGAACUGUAUUAGAAGAAAAUGGACACAUGUGGAUUGGAUUAGACAUUUCGCCUGCCAUGUUAGAUGUAGCUCUAGAGAGGGAAACCGAGGGUGACCUCAUUCUUGCGGACAUGGGUCAAGGAGUGCCAUUUAAAGCUGGCAGCUUCGACGGUGCAAUCUCUGUGUCAGCUAUACAGUGGCUGUUUAACGCAGACAAAAAAUCACAUAAUCCAGUCAAGAGGCUGUAUAAUUUCUUCAGUUCUUUAUAUGCUUCAUUGUCAAGGUCAGCAAGAGCAGUGUUUCAAUUUUACCCUGAAAAUGAGAGUCAAUUAGAUCUGUUAACAUCACAAGCCAUGAAGGCAGGUUUCUAUGGAGGAGUCGUUGUUGAUUAUCCCAACUCGGCUAAGGCUAAGAAAUUCUUCUUAGUAUUAAUGACGGGUGGUGCAGCACCUUUGCCUCAAGCUCUUGGUACAGAUGAAAGUAAUAAUUCAUUACAAGUUAAAUAUGCUAGAAGGGAAGCCAUGAAAGCUGCAAGAGGAAAACCUUUAAAGAAUACUAAAGCUUGGUUACUAGAGAAAAAGGAAAGGAGGAGGAAACAGGGAAAGGAGACUAAACCUGAUACUAAAUACACUGGAAGGAAAAGAAGUGGAAGAUUCUGA